AUGAGCCUCAGGCCUAUCGAGCAGGCGUUGGCCAGCCUUCUGCCCGCGCUCGCAGAGGAUCUCCCUCGUGAGCUGCUGAAUCUUGCAUCUUCCCUGCUUACCCAGACUCGGAGCUGUGGUGCGACUCUCAAGCCGGAGAUGGAAAUUGCCAGGCCGACGUUGAAACUUCCAUCCCCUCUCAGCCGUCCACCAUGCCCUCCCAGAGUGUACAAGAAGCUCUACGCAUACCUCGAACAGUCCCUGCAAAGCUCGUCGGUCAGCUCCAAGCGCCAGGGUGCUGAACCCCAAGCACAGAAACGCGCAUCGGCCAGGAUACAGAACAAAGCUACGGCUCCUCCGGCCUUGCCUACCCCAACAGCCACAUCAUCAGCCAUCUCAUCUCCUAGACAGGUUAAGAAGACGGGGGAUGGCCGGAAUAAUGCAUCAUCAAAGCUAGUGACGAGCAGUUCGCCUGCCGUGGAGUUACCUCAGUGGACAAUGGGGCAAAUCAGGACGAUAUGCAAGACGUUUCCUUCUCUCACGCGAGCAAAGGAGAUUCCAUCACCUAGCACAUUUGCUUCUACACUGCCGCCACAUGUAUACGCCGGCCUUUGCUCAGUUCUAUCCUUUAUUUCAGCUGCAGAGGGACGACUUACAGAAAAAUGGCAGGAUCUCGUCUCGCCCGUCUUAUCACUCGGGACAAAACAGGAUGAUCCCAAAGCAUUGGAGGUGACCAAUAAGAGGGUAACGACAUUGAGCAUUGCCAUAUAUUUCGUUGUCUACACCCGGCGGAUUGGGAUGGUAUACGAUGCAGAUGUACAACAAUACCCAAACAAACCGAUGACAGAAGUGGAUGAGGCAGAUAUGGAAGAAACGAUAGGCCGCGCAUUAGACAGCGUUGGUCUCCCCCGGGUGGUAAAUGGCCGUGAACAAUACUCUAUGGAAGUCGAUGCAUGGCUUAUGAUCAUGCUUGAGAUGGGCUGGGCCAUUGACCAAGAGUGGUUUGAAAACAUUCCUUUACCAACUGCAGAUGAGAUCGAGGCCUACAAUCAGAAAAACAAGAGAAGAAAGAGAGGUUUGGACGAGGCUUCCGAUUUUGAAGAAGACGAUGAUGAGAUACUCAGUCCCAAGCGGAAGAUGGUGAAGAGCAGGAAUGCGGAUGCUGGAAGAAGGCACUUGACGUCCGGAGAGCACAAUCACUGUGGUGACACACUGCUACCUGGACUAGGCACAAUGAUGCAUCCUCAGGUUGACUGGCUGAGUGAAGAUAAGAGAUACUCGUAUGGAACGUGGAGGGACCGCAUCAUGAUGUGGAUAGAGCAGGUCGAGAUCUCAGGUUGA